AAAUCCCCUGUUUCAGUUUCUAACCACGGGGAGAAUGCGCUUCAAGAAUCCCGGGCGUUGUGUCCUCGGGAGGAAACUAUUACCAUAUAUGGACAGUAACGUCACGGCACGUGGUAAAAUUCGUGAGAGAUUCCAGACAACACUAUUUCCCGUAAUCACAGAGGGGCGUGGUAAACUUAAAGAACAGCCUUAACAGUUUACAUCCUACAAAUUCUUUCCAGACUUUUCAUUCUUCGUGUGUGAUUAAGGACGAGGAGAUACACUAAAUACAAUUUCCCCGAAAAUUUGGCUGUUUUGAGAGAAACUUUGGGAAAGUUGUCCUUCCUUGUUCCCCCCUCUAACCCGUACCGGUUUGGAAUCUACCGAUCUACGAGGAAAAGGUGGGCUCACCUCGAGUUUGAAUUAACAGACAAGACUCAUCUCGAAAGUUAAACUCAGAGGCUUAAAAGGUCCCCGCCGGAUUCAGCUGUCUUGUCGUUGAAGCUGAGAGGAUGUUUCGAAACUUUGGAAGUCAGGGAAGAGGCAACCCUCCGUACACAGGUGCGGUCUCUGGGUCAAGCUCCAUAUCACUGGGAGGCGCCAGCACUUCGACCACGCAACAGGAACAGUUUACGAUGGCAGGUAGCAGUCAGUUUGUUCCCAGCCUCAACGCCAUCACAACGAACCAGGAUCUCCAGUGGCUGGUCCAGCCGUCUCUCAUGCAUCCUCCAGGCCCGUCCCGCUCACCUGUUGCUCCUUACCCAGCAAUCCCAGCGACGAGGGCGAUGGGUCCACAGCCUUCCCCGUCCUACCUCCUCAGACCUGGCGUGAUAAGAGCAACAACUGCACAUUCCUCGAGGCGUAGGAAUGAUGAACAGCUUUCCCAAGAUGAGCUGGAAAGACGCAGAAUAAGAAGGGAAAGGAAUAAAAUGGCUGCGGCGAAAUGUCGCAAUCGUCGCCGGGAGUUGACAGACUCACUGCAAUGCGAGACAGACCAGCUGGAGGACGAAAAGUCCCGUCUGCAGAAGGAAAUUGCUGACUUACAAAAGGAAAAAGAGAAGCUGGAGCUUGUUCUGGAAGCUCACCGCCCUAUUUGUAAAAUAGAAGAAUCAGAUUCAGAUUCUGAACCAACUCCAGCAGCUAUCAAAAUGGAGCCAGUGGAAUUAAGCAUCCCUGGACCUUCAACAAAACCACCAAUCAGGAUUGAGAAGCCCAAGCCAAAGAUCACUCUCCCCACCAGGCCCGUAGCGUCUACCUCAACUACAUUUCCCACUGAGUCCGAGUCCCUCCACACCCCGAUUCUCCUAUCUACUCCCUCCCUCCUCUCCUUUUCAUCCAGCAUGAUCUUCACCUAUCCAGGUGGCUCCUCGGAUGCCAGCUCCUCAACCAUGUCUCAUGUUGCAUCCCACCAGCAGCAGGGGGCCCGAGAGCCCUGCGGGAUUGCUCACCGCCGCAGCAGCAGCAGCGGCGAUCAGUCAGACCACUCUCUGCACUCGCCCUCCAUCCUCACCCUGUGAUCUGCAUACCUGGCAGCCAACACUAACACUCGUCUCAGCGGAGGGAGACGUUUGACAGAGCUAUCUUUGGGAAAGUGAUGGAAAUGAGAGUGAUCUUAAGCAUUUCAGGAUGAUCAGCUGCUUCAUUUCAUUCUUUUCUUAGACCACAUCAAAGUUUGAGGCACUACUAAAAUGUGAAUGUUACACUCUUCCUACUAUUUAAAAAAGUCUUUAUAUUUUGAUAUUUAAAAGCCAUAUUGUGGAAUAGAAAUGUGUGAGAUCUAAUCACUGCAUGCAGAGUAUAUACACUCUAAAGAAAAGUUUAUAUUUUGGUUUAUUGAGAAUUUGAUAACUGCGUAGCUUGAAAUUUGUUAUUGAUAUUGUGUUUUUAAAACUGUUCUGGACAAGGGAUGAAAUUAUUACAAUUUUGAUCAUUACAGUUUAUCUGAAAACUCUACAUUGACCUCUAAGGCUGGACCGUAGGAGUUGAUACUGACUGUUAAUCACAUAUUUAUUUUUAUUUUGAGAGUGUAAUAUAUUUUUGGACUUUGAGACAUGGAGGGCAGUGCCUUACUUUGAGCUUUUGUCAAAAUGUUUGACUAAAACAAAUAAAAUACAAAGAAAUGGG